AUGGGGGGCGGCUGCGAGAACAGCAGCGCGCUGAGGGUGGAGGGCGAGGCGUGGGCGGGGUCCCCGUGCGACGAGCGCCUCUGCAGCUCCCUGCCGCUGCCCGCGCUCAUCCCGGUCACCGCCGUGUGCCUCGGCCUCUUCGUGGUGGGGGUGGCGGGGAACGUGCUGACCGUGCUGAUCCUGCGGCGCUGCCGGGAGCUGAAGACCACCACCAACCUGUACCUGGGCAGCAUGGCCGUGUCCGACCUGCUCAUCCUGCUGGGGCUGCCCUUCGACCUCUAUCGCCUCUGGCGCUCCCGGCCCUGGAUCUUCGGCCAGCUGCUCUGCCGCCUCUCCUACUACCUGAGCGAGGCCUGCACCUACUGCACCAUCCUGCACAUCACGGCGCUCACCGUGGAGCGCUACCUGGCCAUCUGCUUCCCGCUCAAGGCCAAGGUGGUGAUCACCAAGCGCCGGGUCAAAGCGGUGAUCGGGGCCCUGUGGGCCUUCGCCCUGCUCUCGGCCGGGCCCUUCUUCUUCCUGGUGGGCGUGGAGCAGCGGGACAACCAGACCGACUUCAGCCGCGAGUGCCGGCUCACGCCGCUGGCCACUGAGUCCGGCCUGCUGGGCAUCAUGUUGUGGGUCACCACCAGUUACUUCAUCCUGCCCGUCCUCUGCCUCAACGUGCUCUACGGCCUCAUCGGCAGGGCGCUGUGGAGGAGCAAGGUCCGGCCCCAGGGCCCCAACGCAGCCCUCAGGGAGAAGGGGCACAGACAGACCAUCAGGAUCCUGGCUGUGGUGGUUCUGGCGUUUAUAAUUUGCUGGUUGCCAUUCCAUGUGGGCAGGAUCAUAUUUAUAAACACUCAGGAUACCAGCAUGAUGCUUUUCUCCCAGUACUUUAAUAUAUUCGCUUUGCAGCUUUUCUAUCUGAGCGCAUCCAUCAACCCAAUCCUCUACAACCUCAUUUCAAAGAAAUACAGGGCAGCUGUCUACAAACUCCUGCUCCCACGCAGAUCUGGAGAAAGGGCUUUCAGUGCUACCCGAGAUACUGGUGGCUACACUGAGACCAGCACUAGCAUAAAAAAAGAGUACAUAACCCCCUUCUGAGACUGCUUCACGGAUGGACUUCUAGAGAGAUAAUCUAUAAAGGAAGGGCAGUUAAUUCUAGCAGUAUAGUCAUAAAAGACUAGAUUUUUGUUUUGCUAUUUGUGGAGUUUUAUAAUUCUUUGUAUUUUUUCUUAAUACUUGUAUUGUUCUGUUAACAGAGAAAAUGAAUAGGCAACUUAGAACUGUGAGACUGGCAUAGAACUAGUGAAAGGCAACAAAAUAGCAAAGGGCAAGGUGACGUCAAUUACCUAGAAACCCCAUUGUUAACUUAUUACAUGUCAAUCAGUAAAAACUGCUAUGUAAAAGUGUGUGAGAGACAGUGCCAAAUAUUAAGGUUGUUCUGUUUGGGUUUGCUAGCCAAGGAACCUCCAAGAGCGCCUUUGCCCUUUUGAAAUUGAUUUCUCAUUAACAAGAUCUUACAAACUAUAAGAAUCAUAGAAUAUCAGGGUUGGAAGGGACCUCAGGAGGUCAUCUAGUCCAAUCCCCUGCUCAAAGAAGGACCAAUUCCCAA